AUGCCGAGUACUGGGGUUAUAUGGUUAUCUAACGUCAAUUGCGAUGGUGCAGAACAAAAUAUUACCAGUUGUUCUCACGGAAGCUGGGGACAGCAUUCUUGCAGUUACAUCGAAAACGUCGGAGUAGAGUGUAGUACAACAGUUAUUGAAGACAAACCUGUGACACUGAGGUUACAAGGACCAUUGAGCGCUAAUGGAACAGGUCGGGUUGAAGUACUUUACAAUGGGAAAUGGGGGACAAUCUGUGAUGAUGAUUGGGAUAUAAACGAAGCUCGAGCUGUAUGUCAACAACUUGGUUAUCCAGAUGCGAUAAGAGCUCUUGAAGGUCAUCAGACACCCCCAGGUGUUGGUCAUAUUUGGUUAUACGGUGUUGGUUGCACAGGAAUAGAACAAAACCUGACCAGUUGCUCUUAUUCCGACUGGGGAAAGGGAGAUACAUGGUGCACACACGAAGAAGACGCUGGGGUAGAAUGCAGUACAGGCGAGAAUGACUACUUCCAUGUGUUUUUGUUGUUGAAUAAUAAUGAUUACGAUGUGAUUAUCACGGCAAAUUUCCAGGGUCAGCUCGAAAAUUUUCAUCUCAAACAAAAAGAAAGAAUGGUGAAAACGAAGAAAUCGAAUAGAAAAGAAUCGUUGGCGGUUAGUGCAGUCGACGCUGAUAGGAGGCAAAAGGUUAACAUCAAUGGACAAUCUGUUGUUUAUCUGGAAUCAACGAUUGAAGCAUUGUUGUCCUUAAACGUUCUUAUCAUCCGUGCGCCGUAAUCCAAGAAACGAAAUAUUGCAAGAAAGGGAGCAACUCCACAAUACCUAUAUACUCUUUAUUACUUAAGAAGUAAAUAUUUGUUCGAAGAAUGAAUACUUUACUGGCUGUGGCAAUUAUAAAAGGACAAACGUGUAUAGCCUGUAGAAUGUCAUUGGGGUUAAAAAUUCUAAUUUUGAAUGUUGGUUU